AGUUUCCUGGAAAUUGCAAAAGCGUGGGACUGCUUACACACAUGAAAAGGCUCUUUUUUCAAAGCGUUCACACGCUUUCCCAAAUGUUCUUGGUGGAAAGCGGAAGACCCGUGAUACUUUUACAUUGCUGUUGUCAAACAAAUGCCAAAUGCCAACUCACAAUUCCUUUACACACACCCACUCUCACUCUAAUACUUUCUUCUACUUCACUCCAAAUUUCCAUUUCGGUUUGAUCUCUCUGUCUGAUCCAAUUCACUCCUUUUAUCAAUUUAGCAAUCAAACGCACUGAUUCAGAGCAUUUCAAUCAAGUCUGAGCCUCACAGAACCGGGGCUCUUCUGGUGCAAGACUCAAUCGUCAAAACCGUGAUCCUACUGUCAAAAAGAUCCCAAUGGUUGUCCUGACCAACGAAGGAGCCUCCUCCUCAUCUUCCACUUGCCGAUGGAAGUAUGAUGUUUUUUUGAGCUUUAGAGGUGAAGAUACCCGUACAGGUUUUACUACCUAUUUAUAUAAGGCUUUGGAGCAAAAAGGCAUUAACACCUUUAUGGACGAUAAGCUUCCGAGGGGAGAAGAAAUUUCUGCGGAACUUCUCAAAACAAUCGAAGAGUCCAUGAUUUUAGUUAUUGUGUUUUCUAAAAACUAUGCAGAGUCCAAAUGGUGUUUGAACGAACUUGUUAAGAUUGUUGAGUGUUCGGAAAAUAAGCAAAUGGUUCUACUUCUACCGAUUUUUUAUAACGUAGAACCAAGAGAAGUACGUAAUCAAUUGGGAAACUUUGGGAUAGCGCUAGCUAACCAUGAAAAGGAGUUCAAGGAUAACAUGGGGAAGAUGCCGAGAUGGAGGGAAGCCCUAAGUAAAGCAGCUAGUGUUUCUGGAUGGCAUUAUGAGGAAGGCCGCACUACAUAUAAAUCUGAAUGUGACUUUAUACAAGGAAUUGUUAAAGAAAUAUCAAGUGCUACAUUUAAUCGGAGACCAUUAUAUGAUGCUGAAUACCUGGUUGGAAUAGAUUCUCGUGUAGCGUACAUAAAGUCACUUUUAAAUAUUAAGUCAAAUGAAGUUCCCAUUUUAGGGAUUCAUGGACUUCCUGGAGUAGGUAAGACUACAAUUGCAAAUGCUGUUUAUUGCAAAAUUGCUUAUCAAUUUGAAGGAAGCUGUUUUUUGGAGAAGGUUAGAGAAAAGUCUAUAAAUUGUGGCAUGAUACAACUACAAGAGAAACUUCUUUCUAAGAUCUUACAAGAUAACUAUUUGAAGGUAGACAGUGAAUUCGAAGGAACCAAUUUGAUAAAGAAGAGAAUUUGUUGUAAAAAGGUUCUUUUAGUUCUCGAUGAUGUGGAUAAUUCAGUGCAAAUAGAAAAAUUGCUUGGAAAAUGUGACUGGUUUGCUUCAGGGAGUAUAGUCAUUAUAACAACAAGAGACAAACAUGUGCUAUCCACUCUUCCAAAAGGUCAUCUAAUUUACAAGGUCAAAGAACUUGGUCCAUGUGAAGCUCGUGAUCUUUUUAAUAUGCAUGCCUUCCGCACAAAUGAGCCCAAGGAAGAUUAUUCAAAACUUGCAAAGCUGAUUCUAUCUUAUGCUAAAGGACUUCCACUAGCUCUAAAAGUAAUGGGUUCUGCUUUGUGUGGAAAAAGUAUAGAUGAAUGGAGUAAUGCAUUUGAAAUGUAUAAGAACAUUCAACAUGAAAAAAUUCAAGAGAUACUCAAAAUAAGUUUUAUUGGAUUGGAUAAAAAUGAAAAACAUAUUUUUCUUGAUAUUGCAUGUUUCUUUAAGGGAUUCAGCAAGGAUUAUGUUGUAAAGAUAUUAGAUGCUUGCGACUUAUAUCCAAAAUUUGGUAUUGGAAAGCUUAUUGAUAAAUGUCUCAUAAUCGAUGAAGAUGGCACAUUGUGGAUGCAUGACUUGCUACAACAAAUGGGUAGAGAAAUAGCUCAAGAAGAAUUUGAAAGGCUUGAAAAUCACAGCAGAAUAUGGUGUCAUGAGGAUGCUUAUAAAUUAUUAACUAGAAAUAAGGGGUCGGAUAAAAUUCGAGGGAUAAUGUGGUGCGAACCUGAACCAAUAACAGUAUCAUUAAAAGCUUCAGCUUUCGAAAAGAUGGAAAAUCUCAAAUUUCUUAUUGUUGAGAAUGUACAAAUUUCCCAAGAACUUGAAUAUCUUUCCAAUGAAUUAAGAUUGUUUAAAUGGUCAGGAUAUAAUUUUUCCUUGCCAUCCAAAUUUUGUCCUAAAAAACUUGUUGGACUGGAGGUGUCGAGUAGUUGCAUUGGGUUAGAGAAAUUAUUCGAGCAGGGGUGCAAUUACAAAUAUUUGAAAAGUAUCUAUUUGGAGGAUUGUCAAUCCAUCACAAGAUUACCUGACUUAUGCGCUCCAAACUUAGAGACAUUGGACAUUUCUUAUUGUGACAAUUUAAUUGAGAUUCAUGACUCUAUUGGACUUCUUGAUAAGCUUGAAUGUUUGUCCCUCUGUUACUGCAUGAAACUUCAGAUUCUUCCGGGCACCCUCAAGUUGAAUAAAAGUUUCUUUCUAGAUAACUGCCCAAGGCUUGAGAAGUUUCCCAAUGUUCACCCUGAAAUGAAAUGUUUAGAUUUCUGUGUGAAUGAAAGUAAUAUCAGAGAAUGGCCUUUAUCACUAAGAUAUCUCACCGAAGGGAUUAUCCAAUUAGAGAUACAGCGAUGUGAAAACCUUGGGAAGUUUUGGGAUAGCACCAAUAAAUUGCAACUGCUUGAGGAAACAGAUACCCCUAUUCACAACUGCUUUGUUAUUAAUCCGGAUGAAUGUGGAGAUCUGACACUCGAAUGCUAUAGAGAAAUUUUAAUUGAUUUAGAUUUUUGUAUGAAGAAUGAUUUCUUCCCGGCAUUGAGAUAUGUAACUAUAGAGGACUCCAAUAUUGUUAGUAUCCCCGAAGGCAUUUCUAGAUUAUCUAGAUUAGAAUAUAUUCACAUACGUAACUGUAAGGAGCUUCGGGAAAUUCAAAUUCCAAGGCUUCCACAAUCUAUUAGAUGUGUGAGAAUAGAAAAAUGCCCAUCGUUGCUUCCACAAUCAUCAAGUAGAUUAUUGAAUCAGUUUGGAAAAAUUCUAGAGAUUCUACCGAAUAGAGUCCGUGAAGGUGCAAGAAGCGACAUAUUAAUGGAUCUCUUUGACGACUCUGAAUCUGACUCUGACUCUGAUUCUGAAACUAAGAAGUAUUACAUUUUUCUACCAGGAACUGAGAUUCCAAAGUCGCUUAAAUUCAACCAUCAGAGUUUUGGAAAUUCCAUAUCAUUCAAGGUUGGUUGCAAAUUUCCAAAAUUGGCCGUCUGUGUUGCUCUUCGUUCUAGGGGAGACGCUUGGGUUAGCGUUUUCGUCAAUGGUUGUCAGCAGUAUAGCUGUUGGACAAGCACAGAAGGAAGCUACGGGGAACUGUGGUUAGGUUAUGUAUCUCUAGGGCAGUUGAAUAAACCAAAUCCAUCUGAACAGAAUCGGGUGGAGGUUAAGGUUGAAAUUGGUUUUGGUUUUGUAAAAUGGUUGGGGGUGAAUGUAGAAUGCAUCUGCUGUCCUCAGAAAUCAGAUAUUACUUACUUGCCGCUUCCGAGUGACAGGAAUGGUUGUGGGUCAUCCUCAGUUUUGAAUGACACUGAGCUCCCGCCUUUUCAACCUGUUUUCCCCAUUUCUAAUGGGUUUGAACCUGGUUUGAAGGGCUUUCUUGGUGAUUUGAAUUUGUCAUUAGCGGCCCCUAAUAACUCUGAACUCCUUGCAUUGUUACCUGGUCCAAAUAUGGAUCAUGAGGUUUCCAAUACCGUAAAUGAUUUGGGGCUUUUGAAGGGCAUUCAUAACGAUGGGUGCGAUUUGAGUUUGUCACUAAAUGAUUCAAAUGAAAGAGAAAGUGAGCCUCCUGUGUUCCCUGAUUUGACAAAUGGGUUUGACUUUGGCUUUGCCCAGCCCAAUUUGGAGUUAGGCUCAGGUGUUAGUAGUGGGUUUCAUUUGGGUUCGUCUUCAAUGGCCCAUGCCAGUGUAAAUGAUGACUCUGAUUUCUAUAUGGGUUCGUCUUCAAUGGCCCAUGACUGUUUAAAUGAUGACUCUGAUUUCAAUAUGGGUCCACCACCGAAGAAAGCGAGGACAUCUUGAUCAGACUUCAAGGAAUUAUGCCUCUCUUUGUUUCCUUGAUUCCCAUCUGCUCCAACGCCAAGUUAGUCCCCUUCACUACUUGGAAACAAUUAAGCAUCGGAAUUUCUGAGGACUUCAUCAAAUGAUUGGUCUGCAUGACAGUGGACUUGCAGCUGUAGCAAGUGAUUCUAUUCAAUGCUUCCGGUCAUCAUUUCAUAAUUGGCUCAUAUAACUUCUUUGCUGGUUAACCUCUACUCAAUAAUAGUUUGUGAUCAACAUGUAAAUAUUUCAAAAUUGAUUUUGAUUUCAGAGUAAACCUGAUUAUCUUGUACUGCCAGGAACUGAGAUUCCGAAGUUGUUAAAAUUCAACCAUCAGAGUUCUGGAAAUUCCAUAUCAUUUGGGUUGGUUGCUAUAGAUUUUGGAAAUUCAACCAUCAUAAUUGGCCAUCUGUAUUGCUUUUCAUUCAGCUGAAGCACAUAUGUGCAGAAUUUUUCAUGUUCACUUUUCCAUCAAUGGUUGUAAAUAAAAAAACCAAUUAUCUAAAGUACAGGAGAAAGCUAUGAGGAACUGUGGUUAUUUUCUAAAUCUCUUGGGCAAUUGAAUAAACCAAAUCUAUCUGAACAGAAUAAGGUUGAGGUUGAGACUGGGCUAAAGAUGAAGCUUCUCUUAACUCUUGCUACCUUCAUCAUCCUUCUUCAAUCUCUUCAUCUUCAUUUUGCAAACAACACAUAAUUAUGAUGUAAAAGAAUAUCCCUAAAGACAUAGUGGCACCAUUCUCUACCAAGGUGUGCCUCCUUUAGUUACAUAUUUGGUUACCUGGCCUUGUUGCUGUGAAGUAAUUGGUGGUGCCCAAGAUAUCUUUCCACCUUGCAAUUUGGUUUUCUUUUAUUAUGAUAUUUGUCAUUUAUUGAUCAUAUUUGUCUGCUUCUGGUGCAUAACGUUUGCUUAGCUUAACAUCAAUCAAGUGCCAAGUAAGGUUACCUUCAAUGUUUUGGAAUGGCUCAAGACCUCUGUUGUUAACAGAGGUGGUACACGGUUUUUUAGUGUUGCUACUUCAAGAGUAAGGUGAACAAGGAUAGGACCUUGCUCCAAAUAUUUAUCAAGAAUGUGGGAAAUAGUCAAACUUUAUAACAUCAGCAAACUCAAUUCACUACAGAUUUUCAGUGCACAAUAGUCAAUCCAAAGAGCAAUCACCACUGGGAGUUUCAGCAAAAGGUACAUUCAACGAAAUUUAAUGAAAAAUACCAUGUCAUUAGUCAAAAGAGAUACAAUCGGGUUACAUUUUGUCAACAAUGGUUCCACUUUCUGCUCUCUGCCAGAUCCCAACGCCAAGAAUACAUUACUGCAGGAUGGGCACCACCGCUGAAAAAUGGUGCUUCAAGUUGACAACCUCAAAUCCAAAAACGGCAAACCAAAAUAUUCAUUUUUAUGGGGUUAUGCUUUUUGUACCAAGAGAGUGCAAUUAAAGGAGCCAAUUGUAGCAGUUCAAAGAGUUUCUUUGCUGAUUUUUAGAUGGAUGGUGGUGUAGGUCUUUUAGCGGUUCAAAGAAUUUCUUUGUUGAUUAGUUUCAUCACAACUUUUCACUUUAGAUUUCUUUGGUAAUCCUAUCCAUGACCUUCAUUUGGCAUCCUGACAAGAGAGUAUUGUUUACCAUGUCAUUUACAUGGUGGUGUUGGUUGAUAUUUUUUGAGAGGAUUAUGAUGUAUUUAUUUUUGGUGGAUCAUGUUUCUUCCUUCAUUUAAGUUUUUCUUUGUAAUGUGUUAUGUCUCUCUCUUUUUGUAUUUAAUCUUUUUUUUCCCUAGGAGGACUUGGUGAGGAUCAUAAAGCAUUUAAUUUUGGUGUA